AUGUCUCUAUCGAAUCAAAAACGUAUGGAUAAAGAUAUUAUGAAAUUAAUUGAAAAUGGAUAUGAUGUAACAUUUAUAAAUGAUAUAAAUGAAUUUAUGGUAAAAUUUUAUGGACCAAAAGGAAGUUUAUAUGAAGGUGGUUUAUGGAGAAUAAGAGUUUUUUUACCAGAAAAUUAUCCAUUUAAAUCACCGAGUAUUGGUUUUAUUAAUAAAAUUUUUCAUCCAAAUAUUGAUGAAACAUCUGGUACUGUUUGUUUAGAUGUUAUUAAUCAAUCUUGGACACCAUUAUAUGAUUUAUUUAAUAUUUUUGAAAUAUUUUUACCACAACUUUUAACAUAUCCGAAUCCAAUUGAUCCAUUAAAUAAAAGAGCAGCAGUAAUGUGUCUUCAAAAUAUUGAUGAUUUUCGUAAAGAAGUUAUUGAAUAUGUAAAAAAAUUUGCUAGUGUCAAAAUUAAGCAGAAUAAUGAUUUAUUAGAAAAUUUGGAAAAUGAUGAUAACAAUAGUGAAUUGAGCAUUUCUGAUCUGAGUACAAUAGAUGAAGAAUAA